GGAGAUCGGACAAUGACACAACUACAACAACACAAGCAACAGAGAGAGAGAGAAAGAGAGAGAGACAGAGAGAGAGAGAGAAAGAGAAUCCAUUUUCGAAUCAGAAGAAGGAGAAAGCUACAAUGGAGUCACCAUUCAGAGAUGAUAUAAUGAAAGGUAAGGUGGCUUUGAUUACAGGUGGAGCAUCUGGAAUUGGGUUUGAGAUAUCAACUCAAUUUGGUAAACAUGGAGCUUCCAUUGCCAUCAUGGGACGAAGAAAACAAGUCAUUGACUCUGCUGUCUCAAAUCUCAAAUCACUUGGGAUUUUGGCUGUUGGUUUUCAAGGGGAUGUUCGUAAGCAAGAAGAUGCAAAAAGAGUUGUUGAAUCAACUUUUGAGCAUUUUGGGAGACUUGACAUUCUUGUCAACUCUGCAGCUGGAAAUUUCCUUGUUUCACCAGAAGAUUUGUCCCCAAAUGGAUUUCGAACAGUUCUUGACAUUGAUUCAGUUGGUACAUUCACAAUGUGCCAUGAGGCACUAAAGUAUCUAAAGAAAGAUGGACCGGGAAGGAGCUCAUCGAGCGGUGGAUUGAUAUUGAACAUCAGUGCUACUUUACACUAUACAGCAGCUUGGUAUCAAAUCCAUGUUGCAGCAGCCAAGGCAGCUGUUGAUGCUACAACAAGAAACUUGGCAUUAGAAUGGGGAACUGAUUAUGAUAUUAGGGUGAACGGGAUUGGACCCGGUCCUAUUGGGGAUACUCCCGGAUUGAGUAAACUUGUACCCGAUGAGAUAAAAAACAAAACUAGAGAGUACAUGCCGUUGUAUAAAGUAGGAGAGAAAUGGGAUAUUGCUAUGGCUGCUGUUUAUCUUGCUUCGGAUGCAGGUAAAUACAUAAAUGGAACUACACUUGUUGUUGAUGGAGGACUUUGGCUGAGCCGCCCUCGGCAUCUAGCUAAGGAGGCAGUUAGACAGAUUUCAAGGACUGUGGAGAAGAGGUCUAGGGAUGCACCAUUAGUCCCAAGGAGCAAGAUAUAAACCCAACUAUAGUGAAGAUUAGAUGUGAUGAUUAUUUUUGGGUGAAAUAAAUCCAAUAAUACUAUGCAAAACUUUGAAUUAUGUAAUAACUUAACUCAAACAUGGUGAUGAAUGUCGCCCAAUAAAUUACUUAGUGGUUUUCGGUUAGUCUCUGUGUCCUCCUUUCUUGUGUAAGCUCGUCGCCUUUUUUGUUGACUUCACUUCCUCAAUCCAUUGGUACAAUUGUUGUUUCUCUUGAUGAAUUCUAUUGAAAAAGUAAUGGUUGGUUCCCAAAA